AUGCGAGCUUCUCUUUUCAUUGUGGGAAUCUGUUCGCUUUUUCGUUCAGUCUUUGCUACGAUUACUCCUCCUUCCCAGGAUGCGUUUUAUGAUGAGCCGAAUAAUAUAUCUGAUUAUACUGCGGGGCAGGUUAUUCGAUCUCGCUCCGUCAGCCCGGAGUUAGUUUCUUUGUUAUCGCUCCCCGUCAAGGUCUCUGUCAAGACUGUCUAUCAGUAUCUUUUCCGAACGACAGAUAGUCUCGGUGAUGCCGUUGCUUCGGCGGUUACUUUGAUUGAGCCUUUUAACUCUGAUCCUUCGAAAUUAUUGGGCUACCAGGCCUUUUACGAUAGUGCCAAUGUGGAUUGCAGCCCGUCCUAUACAUUGCGCGCAGACUAUGAGAAUCUAGGGCUUUCGGUAUCGGGUCUCAAUGUCUCUGAAGAUAUUCCUUUCAUCGCCGCCGCUCUUAACCUUGGUUGGUGGGUUUAUACCACCGACUAUGAAGGCCUCAAGGCUGAAUUCACAGUUGGUGUCCAGUCCGGACAUGCAGUUCUGGACUCUACACGUGCGGUACUUAGCGCUGGUCCAGACCUUGGCUUAUCGAAGAAUCCAGUCUACGCGUUAUGGGGAUACUCCGGCGGUUCACUAGCAUCUACAUGGGCGGCAGAGCUACAACCUUCAUACGCGCCAGAUCUCAACUUCGCCGGUGUCGCAGUAGGAGGCACAACGCCUAAUAUUAGUUCUGUACUACGAACCAUCAAUGAGGGUUCGAAUGCUGGUCUUGCUUUCUCUGGGAUUGUCGGUCAAUCUAGAGCAUUUCCCAAUCUAACAGAUUGGCUAAACGAGAACCUCAUCCCGUCAAAAUCAGACGAGUUCUAUUCUAUUGCAAGUGGCUGUCUCUCUCAGGCGUCGAGUAAUGGGAAAAAUCAGGAUUUGUACUCUUACGCUAAGGAUGGAGAGGCUUCUUUCUCGGGCAGCGUGCCGGAGUCUAUCUUUACGUGGUCUGGGCAGUUGGGGCUCCAUGGGACGCCUACUGCGCCUUUGUUUGUGUACAAGGCUGUUGGAGAUGAGAUUAGCCCUGUUGCAGAUACGGAUGCGAUUGUAGAGAAGUAUUGUGAUGAAGGGGCGAGGAUUGAGUAUCAUCGUGAUCUUGUGGGGAAUCAUGAGAGCGAGGCGCUUUCGGGAUCGGCGAGUGCGCUGGCGUGGUUGUCGGAUAGGUUGAAUGGGGAGGAUGUUAGUAGUGGGUGUAGUACUGAAGAUGUGUUGUUAUCUUCUUUGAGUGUGGAGACGAUUGCUUUGCUUGGGGAAGAGUUGUUUUCUGUUAUUGAGUCGGCACUUGGUGGGAUGCUUUGA